UAAAAUAUAAAACUGAAUAAUCUAUUCAAAAAAAUGGAUCGAGGAGUGUACUAUGGGGUUAGCAACACACUGAUCGGCGUGCUGAACCUCAUCACCCUGGUGGCGUCGGUGCCGAUCAUCGGCGCCGGGCUGUGGAUGGCGAGGAGCGGCAGCGCCACCUGCGAGAAGCUGCUGCAGACGCCGCUGCUGGCGAUCGGAUUCGUCAUCAUGACGGUGUCCCUGGCGGGUUUCGUCGGCUCCUGCUUCCGCCUCACGUGGGCCCUCUGGCUCUACCUCUUCGUCAUGCUCUUCCUCAUCGCCGCCCUCAUGGGCGUCACCAUCUUCGGGUUCGCCGUCACCAGCCGCGGCGGCGGCGUGGCUGUCCCCGGGAAGGUGUACCAGGAGUACCGGCUGCCCAACUACUCCGGGUGGCUCCGGAAGCGGUUCGUGACCGGGGCGCGUGACUGGGCCCCGGUCAGGAGCUGUGUCCUGGGGUCGAACGCGUGCGCCCCCGUGCUCAGUUGGACCCCGGCCGACUACCAGGCCAACGACAUGUCCCCUCUCCAGUCGGGGUGCUGCAAGCCGCCGACGUCGUGCGACUACGCGGCGGCGAUGGAGACGCAGGAGGAGGACUGCAAGCGGUGGAACAGCAACGACGCGGCGGUGCUGUGCUACGACUGCGACUCGUGCAAGGCGGCGGUGCUGGAGGACAUGAGGAGGGAGUGGCAGAAGAUUUCCAUGGUCAACAUUGCCAUGGUCGUCGUCCUCAUCGUCGUCUACUCCGUCGGGUGUUGUGCUUUCGAGAACGCCAAGAUCGCCGAGUCCGUCCACCGUUAUGACGGCGGCGGCGGCCCCAAUAUCCCCGGGUAUUUCAAAUCUCGCCCCCCUCGAUGGGCUGAUUUCCAUGGGUGGAAAAGGAUGCGUGAUUGGAUACGUUGAAUUAAUGAAUUAUUAAUUGUUUUUCAGUUUUGCUAUUUUGUCACCAAAACAUCAUUAUCUUCAUCUAUAGUCUUAAUUAAUUAAAUGCUCCCCACAAUUUGGAUUGAAUAAUGGAGUUUCUUUCAUUAAUUUUUCCAUCCCAUUUCUAAUGUUUGUAUUGUUAAUUUUAUUAUGACAAACGAAUAAUUGAAGCUACACUUC